CGCAUGACAUCACAGACAGGGCGGGGCUGGCUGUCAGGCGGUUCUGACAAGAGAGGGGGAGGGAACCCUCAGCUCUGGGCAAGUACAAACAUAUCCAAAGCACCGGGACGAUUGGCAAUGCCAUUCAGUCGCUUAAAACUGGACAAUUUUGAUGAUUUGGAAUUAAGAUUUAACAGGGAACAUGCUGUAGUUUCAGAACAAAAGCGAACCGAGAAUAUAAGUUAAAAACUGUUAGUUUAAACUCAAAAGACAAAAAUAACAUCGCCAUCGUCGGCAACAAAGAUAGAGACGGAGGACGUUUCCCAUCAGAGAUCUGUUUUACAUCUGGGAAAGCCGACCAAUGAAUCCAGAUGUUUCCAGCGUAAAACGAAACUGGAAACGAAUGAAAGCUGAUACAGACUUCUGAGGGAUAAGACGACAUCGUCCCUUCUCGCAAAAAAACCCAAAACUGUAUAGCCAUAGUACAACUGUUCUGCAAACAUGAACCCGCAGAAAGUGAUGAAAGAAGGGUUUUUGGAGAAAAGAAGCAAUGGUCUGUUACAGCUAUGGAAGAAAAAACAGUGCGUUUUGACUGAAGAUGGACUUCGCUUGUAUGAAUGGAAACGCAGCGGCAGCGGCGCGUCUGGCUUCGGCUCCAAAGCAAAGGAGUUACACUUUGAACGGAUGGCCACUGUGGACUGUGUCGAGUACAAGCGAGGACUGGUCUACUUCACCAUUGUCAUGGCAGGAGGGAAAGAGAUUGAUUUCAGGUGUCAGCAGGAAGGAACAGCCUGGAACGCAGAGAUAGCCCUCGCAUUGGUGCGAUUUAAAAAUCUCCUUGCCGUGCAGACUGGAAGGACCAGGCAUCUGUCACAUCUGGGUAGCACCGGGGAAGGCGAGGCGCCCGAUGAAUGAAGACUUUUCCCACCCUGGACCUGGAAGAGUAUCCGACAACUUAGCAUGGACAGAGGAGAGGAAGACGGAAUAAAGGACUAUUCAGCCGAUCCACAUGGUAUAUCACGUUUCCUUGCUGCUGGCUCUGAGGACUGACGCUAACGCGCGGCGAGGAAGUCGUGCCCAGAGCCUGCUUUUUUUGCUUCGAGUCCGUUCACACCCUGCGCUGCCGGGAAUUGACCGUUAAUGUACAAUCCCUUUGAGUUCCAAGCCAAGGGACCGAGCCGUAUUCCUGCCGGCCUACGUCAAAACGUGCGAGGACUCCCGGGAUGUGCUGCCGGCAGAGCAGAGAGAACCUCUCGUUGGCAGAACAGGGGCUAUUGUCUGCUUUCUACAGUAAACUGUAUUUUAGCUGCAGAUAUGAGCUACUUUGCUUAGCAUACAGGAGAAUGUGCUUUACGCUGUAUUCUGGCACCGUUACGAGUCAAAAGGACAUGGUAUCUCUGUGUUAAUUCCCAAGUAUGAUAUUUCAUUUAAAUAAAAGCUUGAGGCUGUACCAUA